GGAGAUCACCCUGCAGCAGCACAGACUCAGGCCUAGGCCGAUCAUGCCACUGGACAGAUUUCUUGGCUGGGUGAAUGCUGUGGCCUGUGGGUUCCUGCUUCUCCUCCUCCAUGUGCAGGGCCAGGAAUCAGAUAGUCCCAUCCGGACCACCUACACGGGGCAGGUGCGAGGCAGUUUCGUCCAUGUGAAGGAUCAAGUAGGAGUCUAUAGCUUCCUGGGAAUUCCCUUUGCCAAGCCACCUGUAGGACCACUGCGGUUUGCACCCCCUGAAUCCCCUGAACCAUGGAGUGGUGUGAGAGAUGGGACAUCACAACCAGCCAUGUGUCUACAAAAUUCUGAUAUGAUGAGUUCAGAGGGUCUGAAGAAGAUGAAUCUGAUCAUGCCUCCCACCCCCAUGUCUGAGGACUGCCUAUAUCUCAACAUCUACACACCAACCCAUGCCCAUGAAGGCUCUAACCUGCCUGUGAUGGUAUGGAUCCAUGGUGGUGCACUGGUUAUAGGAGCAGCUUCACAGUUGGAUGGAGCCAUACUGACAGCCACUGAGAACGUGGUGAUGGUCUUUAUUCAGUAUCGUCUUGGUGUCCUGGGUUUCUUCAGAGUACUGGGGUUACCUUCAGAGAGUGGUGACCUGCUAAUGAAGGAGUACAUGGGAAACACGGAGGAUGCCCAGACCCUCCAACUACAGUACAGAGAGAUGAUGGCAGACUUCAUGUUCGUGAUCCCCGCACUCCAAGUGGCACAUUUUCAGCGUUCCCAUGCUCCUGUAUACUUCUAUGAGUUCCAGCAUACGCCUACUAGCCUGAAGAAUGUCAGACCGUCUCAUGUGAAGGCUGAUCAUGCCGAUGAGAUUCUUUUUGUCUUUGGGUCCUACAUUGGGGGCAUCAAACUUGACCUCACUGAGGAGGAGAAGCUGCUGAGCAGUAGGAUGAUGAAGUACUGGGCCAACUUUGCAAGAAAUGGGAACCCCAACAGCGAUGGCCUACCCCACUGGCCCAUAUAUGACCAGGAUGAGCAGUACCUGCAACUGGACAUCCAGCCUACUGUGGGCCAUUCUCUGAAGGCUGGAAGACUGCAGUUCUGGACCAAGACCGUUCCCCAAAAGAUCCAGCAGCUAAAGGGGGCUCACACACAACACGAAGAACUGUAGUGUCCCCUAUCAGGAUAAAUCUGGGGUUUGAAUGCUAAAAAAGGAUCAGCCUGAGGUUCCCAAAGGAACCUGGGUUGAUUCCAAUAGUCACGUAAACAUUCCUAAUCUCUGCAUUUUUCUGUUCUCCUACGUAUGUAAUGAAAUCUCUGCAUGUCACUCCUCACUCAUCCUGCAGGAUCAUCUUUUGUUAGACCCACUUGGUCAAUGGUUCUGUAACAGUACAGAUGUGUGCACCUCAAAGUGCCUCUAUCUCCUUUUACAUUCCACUGGGACUAGCCUCCUUCCUUCCUCGACUUGUCUUCUCCCAUCCUCUCUCUUCCCCAAGCACUUGACCGUCUUCAAAUGAAGCAGAUUCUUUAGGGAUUAUUGACUAAUAGGGAUCAGUUGUGUCAAAAUCAUAUUUUCUCAUAAGUAUAAAUGUCCAGUAGAAAACCUACUUCCCAAGAACUCUGUUAUCUUCAUAAGUUCAAGAUGCUGUUCAGUUGGGUGAUAAACCACAAGCUGGACUCUGUGUCAGGUAUCUUUGGCCUCUGAUAUACAGAGGCUGUAGCAAAACAUUGAGUGAGUCUAGGAGUUACAGGCCAGCCCAAGAAAUCUAUUAGGACUCAGAUCUCUAAAUCAAAACCAAAGGAUAGUAAGCUGGAUAACUUAUAACAGAGUUGUAUGUACAAUAUUGUGGACCAAAAGCAUCAGAAUCAAAAUGUUAUCAGAUUUGCUGGGUAGUGAGGGCUAGGUAUCUGGCUCAGAGAUUACACAGUGUCUUCACUGGGUGGAGUAGGUAAAGAAUGACACUGAUGAUCUUCCAAGCUUCCCAGGUCUUAAUAUCAUCAUAUUGCAGAUUACAUUCAGCAAAUGAAUUUGACUCACAGAAGCCUUCGUGCCGUAGCUCCUAGAGCUCUCUGACAUCAGCCACUGAGGAGGCCAAAUACAGAAAAAAAUUUCUAUGUAUUGUACUUAUGUAUGAAAUCUUGUCUAUUUCUUUUCUGAGUGUUGCCAGACCCACUUUGGUGAGAAGCAAAACUCGGCAUGUUCAUGGGUCCUACAAUCUGGGCCCAAAAGGGGGCUGGCCAGCAGGUUGAAGUAGGUUCUCAGUGACCCACCUUCUGAAGUUUUCUCUUACUCUCUGGAGUCCUGCAGACACUGUGAAGUCCAUAUUUGUAUAAGCAUAACACAGCUGUGAAUAUGUUGGGCAAUGGGGUGUGUCUUGGAAGUACAAUGGGGAGCAUCAAUAAGUAGAAGAAAAAUUCCUUCCCUGGACCCCUGAGGGCAUCUCCACAUAUGGAAAGGUCUGUCUGCUUUUCAUUUUUCCUGAAAUUUCCUGAUAACUUAAUCGUUCCUUGCUCUUCUUGAUUGUCCACGUGUUCAACUUUCAUUCUUACGUUACUGUUGUCCUUGAACUCUUCGUCCACACCAAUACAAAGUCUCUUGUAUUUAUGUCAUUUACAAAGGCACCAAAUUGUGCUCCAUCUGUCUUCUUGUUCCUUCAAAGUCUUUUCUCUGUUAUUAAGAAGGUAUGGAUUUUAUCUUCUACUCUCAAGGAUCUCCCUUUCCCUGCACUUCCGAACAAUUUGCGCUUCUUACUCACCAGUUGGUCCUGGGCAAGUCCUUUUUAUCACCCACUCUAUUGAAUUCCAUGAUCUUUACGUUGAAAGCAAAGAUUACUGUGUUACCUGUCCUCGACACCAGGGAACAUACAGAGAAAAUGUUCAGCCUUGGGUCGGCAGCUCAGCAGAGCUGUCACUGAGGCCUGAAUGUACUAUUGAGCUCCUGUUGAGACCAGGAGUUAAGUGACCACCACCAAACAGCCUGCAUAGGGCCUCAACCUUUUAGGCUUCCCGUGGUGAAAAUUUUUGUUUGUUUGUUUUGUUUUUUGUUGCCAUUUAUUUGCCAACUGCAGCUGAAGGCUUCCUGGUCCUAGAAAAAUCACAGAGUCAAACAACUGGCAUUACCCAGGUUCGCAGCUCAUAGCUGCUUCCCCUACAGUCCCCUUCUGUUUGCAGUGCUCUCUUGUACAUAAGAGAAGAACAAUGAGCCCUUCCUGUAGUCAUGGUGACCAUUGAUCUUGAUCCCAGUCGCAGCAACCUUUGCACUACUCUCCUUCUCUUCGGCUCUCCAUUCCUGAUGCUCAAUAAACUUCUCUCAUUAUUGAA